AUGUCUGGAGAAAAAAAUACCAACUUUAAGGCAAUGAGCGUAGCGGCGAUAAAGAAAUAUUUGCAAGAGCGUGGCGUAAGUGUAAAUGGCUAUCUAAAGCCUGGUCUGGUCGAACUCGCAGUUGCAGUUGAAAAGAUGAUGUUACCCCUCGAUCCCAACUUCGAAAGGGUAAAUGAUACGUAUACAAUGAAACAAAAAUUAAAUAUUCAUGAUAUUCAGAUUGGCGAUCCCUUUACAAUGAAGACAAUAAACGAUUUUAUUGACUCUCCACCGUUUGGACUAUACGACAUUUUUAACCACCUGAUAUAUCAUGCCACUGAAUAUGACAAACAAGGCCUAGCUGCUUACAAGUCGUUUGAAGACUACCGGCUCUUUCAAGAUGGUUAUGUACGUUCUUUGGAAACAUUAACUUUAAAAGAAGCUGGGGUACAUGUAUAUAUUGGCCAAGUUCAACCAACCAUGCGAGCAAAAACCGAUGAUGGAAAAGACUGUUAUUCCUUGUGGUUUAUUCUGGAAGGUCGAGGGGCAAACAGAGGAAGUGUGCUGGAUGCAUUUUGUAAAUGUAAGGGUGGUAGGGACGGGGGUUGCAAACACAUUUCAGCUGCAAUGUACUCUUUGGAGGCACUGUUAAACCCAGAUGGAGAUAAAAGUGUGACCAGUGGUCCUUGCUUGUGGAUGCCGAAACCACAAUCAUGCAGUGAGCCUUGUUCGGUAGAUCAACUGUUGAUUUCCAAAAGCAAGCCACCAGCAAGUAAGGAGAGAAAAAGAACAUACACAUGGUUGCAAAACAUUGACUUUGAUCCACGAAACCCUAAACAUCGCAAAGUCUCAUCUAUAAAGGAACGAGUAUUGUUUACAAAAAGACUCAGUGCUGUAGAGGAUUCAAAAUGUAAUAUUAAUCUCAGCAGUGUCAGUGAUUCUCCAUCACCAGGUAAACCAGUUAUACUGCCACUUCUGAGGAAGUUAUAUUUAAAGCAACAUGAUUCUCGCAUUGUGGCCAAUAAUGGUAAAUGCAAUCGUGAAAAUAAUAAUUCUACAGGUUUGAGUCGUGUUCAGUCCCAGGUUGGAAUUUUAGUACAAAAAAUAGAAACUUACAUAAAAAAAACAACUGAACAUAGCCCUGAAAAGUUUUUAAAAGAUCUAACAUUCAGUAAUGAAGAAAUAGAGCAUGUUGAAGAAGUUACCAGAGAUCAGUGGCAGUGUGAUGAUUGGUAUAUGCACAAAGUUGGUUUUAUUACUGCAUCAAAGUGCAAAGAUGUUUGUUCUCGGCAAACAACAUUGGAAAAGAAGAAUGUUACUGUUACUGCUCUUGCAAAAACAAUUGUAACUGGACAAGCAACCAAAGUUAGAGCAGUUGCAGACAACCCACAGAAUCCACGUGAUUGGGGAUUGAAACAUGAAGAUUCAGCCAGAAAUUCAUAUUUACGUGUACAAAAACAUUUGCACUAUAAAGUUAAACUGGUCAAAAGGG